AUGGAGUGGGCCAUGUCGGAGCUCAUGACAAACCCUAAGGUGAUGAGCCCUGGGUACAACUAUGGCCUGGCCAGCAUGGAGCUCACUCUGGCGCAACUCUUGCACUCGUUCGACUGGAGCCUUCCAGAUGGAAUGGAUCAAGUGGACAUGAGCGAGGCACCAGGACUCGGUUCCAUCCCGCCCAAGUUCACGGCGGGUCGUCCCUGGCGCGCCACCGCCGGCAAGCUGCGGGAUCCCACAGGGAGGUCGUGGGACGUGGACCUCCACCGCGACGGCGACCACCGGGUGUCCUUCACGGGCCGCGGCUGGCUCGGCUUCGUCUCGGCCAACGGCAUCUCCGCCGGGCAGCUGCUGGUCUUCGAGCACCGCGGCGGCUUGGACUUCGCCGUCGACCUAUUCGACGCCUCCGGCUGCCUCAGCGGCGAUGGAUCCCGUGAUGAAGAUGAUGAUGAACAGCGCAUGGCAGAGACCACGGGCGACAAGGAGUCCGGCAACUGCCGACGGCGGCCAGAGGCCACCGGGGUCAAGAGGAGGAGGAAGCGGUCGCCAGGCAGCACAGCCACCACCGGUUCCGGCGACGAUGGCACGCUCUGCCGGCGCAUCGAGAGGCCGUACCAGCUGCGCUUCUUGGACCUGAGCAAGAGCUUCUGCGAUCGCGUGGGCUGGACGUCGUCGCGCGACGUGGAGCUGGUAGCAGGCGGUGACGAGCAGCGGCGGCGCUGGCCGGUGAGCGUGAAGGUGUCGGCCAAGAGCGGCAUGAUGGGCGCCGGCUGGACGGAGUUUGCGCAGGGCAACGGGGUGGGCCUCUCCGACGGCGCCUUCGUGCCACUUGAAUGUGGAGCCCUCCAUGUCCGCGUCAUCAAGAUGACCUGA